UUAUUUUUUGGUCAAACAAGAAGCUCUGGCAUCUUUUUCGUUGAAUGCCAGAAUGAACAAUUGAAUUGAUAAUCAAAAUCAAAUGGCUCUUUUAUUGAGAUAUACAGUCUUUAUACCCCCGAAACCGAACUCGAAAUCUGUAAGAAUGUCUCAAAGCAUUACAAGUUCAUUGCCGUCUUCAGAGAAGAGAAAACUACCCAUAUUGCUGUUCGAUGUCAUGGACACAAUUGUUCGGGAUCCUUUCUACCAGGAUGUACCAGCUUUUUUUCAGAAUGCCUAUGAAAGAACUAAUAGAAUGCAAGCACCCAACUGCAUGGAUUGAUUUUGAAUUAGGGCUGAUUAAUGAGACAGACCUAGCUAGAAAGUUUUUCAAAGAUGGAAGAACUUUUGAUUUGGAAGGCCUUAAAGAAUGCAUGAGAAGAGGAUAUUCCUACACAGACGGUGUUGAAACAUUACUUCGUAGGUUGAAGCAAAACAACUAUGAAAUGCAUGCUUUUACAAACUAUCCUUCCUGGUACACAAUUAUUGAAGACAAGUUAAAGAUCUCAAAAUAUUUAUCUUGGACCUUCUGUUCGUGCAUAAUAGGGAAACGGAAGCCUGCAGUUGAUUCUUACUUGGAAGUACUGAGGCGUCUCAAAGUAGAGCCAUCAAACUGUAUUUUCAUUGAUGACAGAAUGCUAAAUGUUGAGGCAGCGAUGAAUGCUGGGAUUGUUGGUCUACAUUUCAAGGAUGCAGCUUCACUUGAACAAGAUCUCUCUUCACUGGGAAUUGAGACCAGUUUAUCAACAGAUGACUACAAAGAUGAGGAUCUUCCCAACCUCACAUGAAAUUUUGUCUUAAUUUGUCCGUCACCACAUGAUCUGUAAAGCUAUCCCAAAAUUUUGAUUUUGAUAUAUUCUUCAUGCUUGAGUGAUUAUAAUUCUUGGUUAAACACUUAAUAUAUAAUGUAUUUUACAUCUCA